AUGGCCGAACCCUCACAGCUUGCGCUUCUAUGCGCCCUCACAUCCUUCUUCUAUCUUUAUGACAAUAUCGGCCGGCAUCCCCUGCUUGAACGGCCCCGGAUAUCCGAGGUGUUGAUAUUCUUGAUCUCCGGGCUCGUCACAUUAGCUGCCAGCUUUGUCUCCAGGUGGCUACCAGGGGCCAACGGACGAUUUGACAAGGACAUUGCUUAUUCCAAGCUUGGAGAACCAGAACAGGCGGGGCAUCUCAGAAGGCCUCGCAAGUAUUUUUGGCCACUAUUGCUCGUUCUGGUUGUACUCCGCCUGGAAUUAUCCCGCUGGCUUCAAUAUCGUCUUAUAUGCAAUAAGCCAGGCGUCGAGUGUCUGUUGCCUGUUCUGCUUGCAGUCUAUGAUUCAAGCACGACCAGGAGACGAAGACCCGAGGAUGACCAUGGCGAUGACGACUACGACGCCAUGGGGAACGACGCUUUUGAGGAUAUAGUACUCUGGUUCAUGAACUCAAGGAUCACCCAACUCACAGGCGUUUCACUUCUCAGCUGGGGCGCCUUCUCGCUGCUUCAACCGAGCAUGCAAUUGACUGCUCUCUGCCCCUUGUCGGAGAACAGGACGACGAUCCUCUCCCUACAGUACGUGGGAGUCUUCCUUGACGCCGCCAUUCUCAUCCUCGCCUGGCGGAUACUUACUUCAAGCCGCACCACGACGAAACGACUCAGAAGUCUCAGUGCAAUCUUGGUGUCGUCUUCAGUCCUCAUUGCCCUCGUCGUCCUCGUACCCAGUCUCAUAAGCUAUCGGCUGAGAGGAUACUUCCACUUUGCCGAAAUGUACGGUGUGGACUCUCUAUACUUCUUUGAUGUUUUCAAUGAUGCUAUGGUCUUCUCUUUUCUCUUCAUUUCCUUCUCUCUGUUCACCUGCCAAGCCUCUCCGUUGGCGUCAACGGGUAUCGUUGCGUUCCUUUGCGGAACGCAGGCGACUUAUCGCAAAUUGAGUCUGCUCGGUACUUACGAGCAACUCUCUCGCUCGAGUAUUGUAUUGCCGAUCUACGCCUUAUGCUUUGGCUUUGCCAUUUUCAUAUUCAGGAACCAAGUUCGCAUCAUCUUUCCCCGCGCGUUCAUCAGCUUCCUUCUUCUCGCCGCAAUGAUCGGUGUUUCUAUCUACUGCCUCCUAGCGAACAACGUUCUGGACCGACACCCCUUGGAUACGCUCAUCUACCAAUCUAGGACAAGCGCAGAUCGCUGGGUUGUUCAGGCAUCCACAAGCCAGAGUGUGAGAGUUGCAGUUGACGAGUACCGUGAGCGUCAUGCAGGCCGCAGUCCCCCGCCCGGGUUCGACAUUUGGUUCGAUUUUGCCAGAGCAAGGGGGUCCGUGGUUCUUGAUCACUUCCAGCAGAUCGAGGAAGACAUUCUGCCGUUUUGGGGCCUCAGCCCUAGCAAGAUUCGGGAAGGCAUCACUCAACUUGGGUCGAAUAGAGACAUCGGCCUCGUCAGCAUACGGAAAGGUGCCGUCACCCACCAGCCUGCAAUCGAGUCAUCCAAGGAUGCCAUGAUGGAUGAUUUGGUUGCGCUCAUCCAGCCGUUCGCGCCGCAUUUGCAAGACAUGGAUCUCCCCAUCAACUUGCUGGACCGUCCAAGAAUCCUGGCGACGUGGUCGGAUAGGAAUCGGUUUCGAAAAGGCGCGACAGUCAAGAAUUUGCUUGCCCCUGGCUUGACCAAAAGAGAUGCCGACCAAGCAUCUCCCGCCGAGGAUGAGGCGGCACAAGAAAGCGAAAAAGAUGCACACAGUCUGCAGAACAAACUGAAAGACAGGCAAUUCGCGACUGCUUGGGAGCACCAGCGGAAUCUGGGACAAGCCUGUCCUCCUGGCUCGUUGUCAAGGUCGGGAUUCUACUCAAACAACCGAGACUUCUGCUCGAAAUGUGUCGGCCCCCAAGCAAAAGGACAAUUUCUGGCAGACUGGGAUGUAGCGCAAGAUCUUUGCCACCAACCCGACAUGUUCAACCUGCACGGCUUUUACAUGAGCGAACUACCGCUGAAGCCCUUCAGCGAGCUUGUGCCCAUGUUCAGUCGGUCCAAGACUGACCGAUUCAGUGAUAUCCUUAUCCCGUUGAGCAGGGGCGAUGACACGUACAGUACCGAUAGCAAGGAAAAGCCGCUUGUGAACAAGGAAGCGCGGCUUUUCUGGCGCGGCGAUAUUGGCGCCGACUUCGGGAUGGUACCGCCUCGUCUGCUUAGCGGCGGACAUCAGGAACGCCUGAGCUACUUGGCCAACAAUGCCUCUGCGUCAGACCGUGUCACUAUAUGUCUUGCCAUGCCGGGAGACAAGGAGAAGUUCCGAUACGAGAGGGUGCCCCUGAACGAGCUCAGCUCUGCGUUGAAGCUUGAUGCCGGUAUCAGUGACUACUCCACUUGCUUAAGCCCCGAGUGCGCCGCAGCGAAGAUCGAAUUUGGUUUCAAGCCCGAGGACAAGGAAGACAAGGAGAAGAUGAACAGCCGAUACAUCAUGGUUAUGGACAGCGACGAGGGCCCGCCGCAGGACUUCCUCAAGAUCCUGAGGUCCGAGAGCGUCCCGUUCGUGGCCUCCGUGUUUAAGGAAUGGUACAGCGAACGCCUAAUGCCAUGGCUACACUUCGUACCCGUCGACCUCCGCUUCCACGCGGUGCACAGCACGCUCGCCUACUUCACGGGCCUGCAGGACAAGGCCCUCAUCAACGGGCGAAAAGUCGCAAUGGAAUCUCGCGUUGACAACGCCAAGUGGAUCGCGCAGGAGGGCAAGAAGUGGACGGGCAAGGUCGUCCGCAGGGAGGACGCGGAGAUCUACCUUUUCCGGCUGCUGCUGGAGUGGGGCAGGGUAAUUAAUGACAAGCGUGAUGAGAUGGGGUUUGAGUUGGCUAAGAAGACCGCAAAGGCUGCGGGGAGGUAG